UGGUGGACUGGAACAGUCCAUUUAUUGCCGCAGACUGCCCCAGGCAUCAGCUCUGAAUCGCCUUUACCUCCUGCCGACCAGAGCGAUCGCCCUAUUUCUCGGUCGCCACCUGCUUUUAGCGGCGCCUGUGAGGAGCGAUCGGCCCGGGGAUUGCGCCAUGAACCCCGAAUUUGACUAUCUCUUCAAGCUUCUGCUUAUCGGUGAUUCAGGUGUUGGAAAAUCAUGUCUUCUGUUGAGGUUUGCGGAUGACUCAUAUUUGGAGAGUUACAUUAGUACAAUCGGUGUAGACUUUAAAAUCCGCACAGUUGAGCAAGAUGGGAAAACCAUAAAGCUUCAAAUUUGGGAUACUGCUGGUCAAGAAAGAUUCAGGACAAUAACAAGCAGUUAUUACCGUGGAGCUCACGGGAUUAUUGUGGUUUAUGAUGUAACUGAUGAGGAAAGUUUCAACAAUGUGAAACAAUGGUUUAGUGAGAUUGAUAGGUAUGCUAGUGAAAGUGUAAACAAGCUACUAGUGGGAAAUAAAUGCGAUCUGACUGCAAACCGAGUGAUUUCCUACGAAACUGGCAAGGCAUUUGCCGAUGAAAUCGGGAUACCAUUCCUGGAGACUAGUGCAAAGGACGCAACAAAUGUCGAACAAGCUUUUAUGACAAUGGCAGCUGAAAUAAAGAACAGGAUGGCAAGUCAGCCAACAAUGAACACUGGUUUAGCUGCUACAGUGAAGAUACAAGGUCGACCGGUGGAACAGAGGAGCAGUUGCUGCUCCUGAUUUGCGCGAUCACGAAGUAGUCUUUGAUCCUAACGAAUGUGCUUUGGAUGGAUCGUUUAAGGGAUGGAAAUCUGUCAUGGUUGUGGAUGACUGCUUGUGUAAAUAAUCAGAUUACUUCAGAAGCCUUAACUGUGGGUGAGACACCUUGUUAACUGUUGCUAGAUCGAUAUGACUUGUCUGGUGCCAAAGCAGUCUUUUCGGUCUUUUGGCCAUUACCACAUCGAUGCCUAUGGGAACUUAUAUGGGUUUUUAUCAACCAGUUCCAAUAUUUUCCUGUCAAACUAAUGCUUAAAUAAGGUUGACAAAUUGUCGCAGAUUGCAACAUAAUCAUGCACAUGAUCUUCAGAAUAUUUGUCCAAUUUGAGAUUUGAAUUCAAAAACUGCCAUCUCAUUGCUUUAGCACCAUUA